AUUGCUUGUCAUCGAGCGCGUGUUGCUGGAGAGAGUGGUGGUUUAAUAUUUAAGGAUUUCUAGCGCUCGCCUUUGUUCCGAAUCCCGAAGGAUAUUUAAAAAGGCAGCCGACACAAUGCUUUACCUGGAGGAUUAUUUGGAAAUGAUCGAGCACCUGCCGCAGGAGCUACGAGAUCGGUUCACGGAGAUGCGAGAAAUGGACUUGUCCGUCCAAAAUAACAUGGACACGCUUGAGAAACGUUCCCGCGCUUUUUUCUCGCAGUGCAAGAAAGGUGAACUGCAAGGUACCGAAGCGGAUGCCGAGUUCCAGACACUGCGGAAGGAUUAUUACAAGGUCCUGGAGGAUGCCGAUGAGAAGGUGAAUUUGGCCACACAAAUGCAUGAAUUGGUGGAAAGGUACUUGCGCAAACUGGACAGCGAACUGUUCAACUUCAAGUGCGAAUUGGAAGCAGAUAACAAUGGUAUUACGGAGAUAUUGGAGAAGAGGUCCUUGGAACUGGACGGCAACAGCACUAUGUCGAAUCUGAGCAAUCAAAAGGAGAAUCGUUACUUCGGCGCAAUACCCAGCAACAAUCACCACUCGCACAAGGAAUCCAGCAGAACCUAUCGUCACAAGCCGGAAAAACGUCGAGACAGUACAAGUGGGGGUGGUAGUGCAUCAGAGAAACGAUCAGCAAUUGGUAAUAAUAGUUUAGUUCCUCCAACACCUCAGCCCACUGUACGUCCCACAACACCAAAUCUCGGUCAUCAUUCGGUGCUCCCCAGUACACCUACUACCCCUGUUUCAUAUAACUUACAACACAUGGGAGCCGGCAAUGCUAUUGCAGCGGCAGCUAGCCAGGCUAUUGCUGCGACACAACAGAUGCCACAAGGCAGGCGGACCGCAAGUUUGAAAGCGUCUUACGAAGCAAUACACGGUAUGUCGGGUAGUGGUCCACACGAGCUUUUAAUAGGACGAGAAUUGGCUGGUGCCGCGCACAAUGCUAUCCAAGCAGUUGAACGCGAAGGGAGUUCACUACACAAUCAACGCAAACACAAAAAGAAAAUAUCCAGCAGUUUAUCACAUGGAAGCUCUUCGUCGACAUCAAUGCCGUCGACCUCAUCAUCGUCAUCAUCGCACAGUUCGCAAGUUAAUUCCACAACUAUAGAUCCAGUUGGUCCUGUGAUUAACGAGAAUGGAAUGGCAGUUGAACAAACACCGGAUGGAGAGUGGACUUAUGAUCCAAACGAGCCCCGCUACUGUAUUUGCAACCAAGUGUCCUAUGGAGAUAUGGUUGCUUGUGAUAACGAAGCAUGUCCAUUCGAAUGGUUCCAUUAUCCAUGUGUUGGCAUUACGCAAUCGCCAAAGGGCAAGUGGUACUGUCCAAAAUGCACGGCGUCGAUGAGAAGGCGUGGCAAUAGGAAGAAUUGAGUGACGUUGUCUUCAAGGAUCAUUACAGUUAGAUAAAAUCUAUGUUAUCCCAUACAGUAAAGUAUUUAUGUUGUAAUUUAAAAGUAUUUAGAAGUAAAUGAAUAGAUCUAGAAAAAU